UAUUCAUUCGUUAUAAGAAUAGCACCCCUAAACCGGAAUGUCAAAAUAUAAUGACGUUAUUCUUUCUAUGUAAAGAGGUGGAUAGAAAUCAUAUAGAAAUUCAUAUUUAUUUGUUGUUUAAUAUAAUUUAUAAUGGCUGCUGAAAUCAAGCCCGCACCCAGGACUCCUAACGACAGGUUUUCGACCACAAAGAAACCGGCCCUAUUGAGUAAAUUGGAAGGAUGUACAGACGAUGUCAACGCAGCGGUUGUUAUUCCUGGCGAGGAUGGAGUAAUUAGCGUUUGCGACGAUAAGACAGUCAGAGUAUGGCUAAAACGAGACUCAGGCCAGUACUGGCCCAGCAUCUGCCAGUAUAUGCCCUCCGGCUGUACGUCCAUGUUCUACACACCUGAGACCCGUCAGCUCUUCAUUGGCCAGGAGAAUGGCACCGUCUCAGAGUUCACACUAGCUACUGAUUGUAAUAGGAUUAAUCCUACCCGCGAGUAUUUAGCGCACACGGCGCGUGUGACCGGAGUGCAGUUCUCGCUGGGCUGCGAGUGGGUGCUGUCUGUGAGCCGCGACAAGCUGUUCUCGUACCACUGCAGCGAGACGGGACGCAGGAUCGGCGGGUACUCGUUCGAGGCGUGGUGCACGGCUUUACAGUUCGACUCUCAAUCGAAAUACGCAUUCGUGGGCGAUUACAGCGGGCAGAUAACGAUGUUGAAGCUAGACAACAAUGGCGCCACGCUCGUCACUACGCUUAAAGGACACACCGGGUCUGUGCGCGUGUUGAACUGGGCGCCGCAGCCGCAACUCCUCUUCAGCGGUUCCUUCGACCAGACCAUCAUAGUGUGGGACAUCGGCGGGCAGAAGGGCACUGCCUAUGAAUUACAGGGGCAUAGCAACAAAGUGACGGGCCUCUGGUACGUCGGAAGCUGCAUCCGCCUCGUUUCUGGUGGCGAGGACGGCGCACUCGGGGUCUGGGAGAUGGGGGUGCGGCGUCGCGAGACCCCGGCGUGGCGGGAGGCGGACCUCUGCCAGCUGUGCCGGGCGCCUUUCAUAUGGAACGUGCGCGCCAUGAUGGAGAAAAAGCAACUAGGACUGAGACAGCACCACUGCCGCUGGUGCGGCGCAGCUGUUUGCGCGACUUGCUCCCCGCACCGCUUACCCCUACCUGUCAUGGGCUUCGAGUUCCCGCAGCGCGUCUGCACCGCCUGCUACGAGACAUUACGACAUGAACCUCGCGAGUCGCUAGCAUCGUUCCAUGACAUGAAACACGCCGUAGCAUCGCUGUUCGUGGACGAGGCGACAGGGCGCAUGGUGACGGCGGGCAAGGACCGCGUCAUCAAGGUGUGGGACAUCUCCGCACUCCUCGCACCCGCGCCGCGCGCCGGCCCCAGCGACCAGUAGCCGUGAGUCGCAACUCUGAACUCUAACCGUAUACACCGAAAGUCGAAAUUCUCAAUCCCCAUUUCUAUCGCUCGAUUGGAAGUGAUAGAGAUGGAGAUAGAUGAAGUUUACACUUCGAUUGCGGUAACGCUCUUGAAGUGAUACAUUUAGCAACCGAUCCAUAGUUUUUUUCUUAGUUGUUUUGGCUAAAGGUCAAGUACGCAGCGAUUUUACAGAUAUGAAAGAGGUGAUUGUAACGGAAAACUAGUGUUCGAUUGAAAUCAGAUUUUUUUCCGAAACCGAAGGUUCGAUUUGCUCUAGUUUCAAAUAUUAUAUUUAUACCGAAACCGAGACUUCGGUCGGACACGACCAAAAAUACAGGCUUAUAAGUUUCGGCGCGGCAGUUUUUUAGCCAAAACCGAACCGUCGGCCGAAACAAGAUUUAUGCCAAAACCUGCCGCAACCAAAACUUCGGUCCGACAUCUUGUUCUAAUGUGUUUUUUCGUCUCACAUUUUGCUUAAUGAGAGAGUGAGACGCAAUGCACAUUGGACAAAAAAAUUGAAAGGUGGAAUACCUCUAAAACUUACUAAUAUAAAAACUACCAGAGUCACACAGUAAAGGUUAAAUGUCAAAUGACAACUUGUGACUAUGGAUCGGUUGAAUAGUCGCAACAUGAAACGUCCUCUAAUUAUCAAUAAUUAUCGAUUUAUUGUGACAUAAUCGGUGAAGGUUUUACACAACGUUACAUAGAUGGCGUCAUAAACAAUCAAUUAUAAAUCGCGCGUUUUUGCGAUACGGAUACGGACUGAGCGAUCAAACCUUCAUUCAUAGUAAAUAAUGGGUUGUUAUAACUCGACAUAAAGCGACUGAUUUAUUAACAAGCAGUCCAUUGUAAUCUGAACUUUAAGAUCUAGAGUUAAGAUCAUAAUUGCAUUACACAGCUAGCGAAUUUAUGAACUAAACACUCUUGUUCACCAUCGACCUUUGUAAAUUCCUUAAAGAUCAAAUUCGCAAAACUGAAUAUUAAAAAUAUAUAUACCGUCAACCGGGGUGAUUAGGGACAAAACUUAAAAUGUGAUUUACCUGACAAUUUCUUAAAAAAAUACCCACAAAAAUUGUAUGAUACAAAAUCUACUAUUAUUUUCAAUCGAAUGUUGCAAUUUUUGUAGGUAUUUUUUAAGCAAUUGUUAGGUAAAUCACAUUUUAAGUUUUGUCCCUAUUCACCCCAGCCAUCCCUAUUCACCCCGGCUGACGGUACUGAGAGUUGCUGAAAAGUUGUUACACCCGUGUGAGCGAGCUAGUCGCUCAUUCGUCCUGCUCUUGUCGAGAGAAGUGAAAACAACAGGGCCCUAUUUUACUUUGCUAAAAGGUUACCAUUUUGCAAGUCUUAAGUUUCGGUAUAUUUGAAAAAUUGUAACAUUGUAAGAUAGGGCCCUGUAUAUGCAGCCAGUGAAAAUAGUGGUGGUGGUAUUGACUUUUCUUAUAAAAUGUAAAAAAACUCUUAUGCGUCUGACAAUAGAGUCGUGGUUAGAUAUGAAGUUGUCGGUCCAUUAAUUUUACUUAAUACAUGUUAAGUUUUCAUACUUUCCACCACAUUUUCAUUCAGUGCUUAAUAACUGGGGCCCGUUUCAUGACAGCUUGUAACUACUAAUACAAACGUUCGUGGAACAGGCCCAUGUAAUUUAUAUCAAUGUAUAUUAAGUGUUCAUAGGCAGGUGGUUACUUCGAUCGUAAAAAUCGAUUAAAUAGUGUAGUUUAUGGAUAUAGGGGCCAUUUUAUUUCCAGUUGCACAUUUAUUACACUUUUUUUUUAAUGGGAAUUUUUAUGUUAUUUCUAGUCAGAAUAAUAACGAGCUGCUUCGAUCCUUAUAAGAGAAAAAGUGUCCCAAAAUGUCCAUACAUUUGUCUAUCUUUGCAUUCCGUUACCGUCUUACCGUCUAUGAAAAAUGGUAUUAGUUGCUCCUUCUCAAAUGUCUUUUUCGUCUAAGACGGUAAUCUGUUAAACAAAAGCCAUUGUUCCGUUUAAGUGAGCGAUCGCCCAUUGUGUACCAUUGUCUCUGACAAUGACACGCGCCGUAGCACGCGCUCAGACUCAAUGGUACAAUGGUACAACGCGACCGCUCGUACAAAAGGAACAAUGGCUUUUGUUUAACAGAUUACCGUCUUAGGUAAAAAAGUUAUUUGAGAAGAUGCAGACUAUAACUGAAUGGAAAUAAAAAUCUUGGGACAGUUUUUUCUCCUAUUAUAGGAUCGAAAGAGGUCGUGAUUCUAAGUAGAAAUAACAUAUAAACGUCAAAAAAAUUUAUCGUGUAUACCUUAAAAUAAAAUGGCCGAUAGCGCAUUUAUAUCGGGUGUGAUCACUAGCGAAUCAACCCAGGGCUAGUUCUCACUUUGUCGUUCUCUUUCCAACCAGUCAAGUGCGAAAGAGAUACGAUAAACGCUACACUAGCGCCGUUCGAAGGGAUAUUAAAUAUUUACCUUCUAGAAAUUAUGAAUUAAAUAUUUAUGGAAUUGUUUAUUGGAAUAAUUGUUUUUUAAAAUAUAUCUUAUUAAUGGUCCAACGAACGUUUCAAUGAGUUUUCUCCAGCCUACUACUAAGACUGAUCCUUUCCCUUUCAGAGAUAAUUUGAUUACAAUACUAAUCUCCUUUUCUGAAAUAUUUUUCUGUUCUAAAUUGUAACCUAUGUUUCUUUAUAUAAGGUUCACUUUAAAUUGAAGUAUGGAAACAAGCACUUUUCGGAUACAUUUGUUUGUAUUUGUAUUAAGCAAAUAUUAAAUAGGUUCUAGAGUCAACUUGAUGGAUCUCUAAAUACGAAAGUUUUUAGAUCUUGAUUACUAUUUGUCCUCCUUCGUUUGUUACAAUGAGAUUUGCUGAUUCGUAUAUUAACAGUACAGAUAGUGCGAAAGGGACUUAAAAAGGGACACCUUUCCGGGACAUUACGUGAGCUCUAUUAAUAAUGGGUAGCCCCGUUUUCGCUUUGCUGAGAUUCACUAAAGGAACAUCUUGCGACAUUUUGCGAAUGGGUGAUAAAAACAACUAUUAUUUUAGGCGCUCAGAGUCCUAUAAAAGGUCUCCCGUUCCAUUGAAUUUUGAAUCUUUAAUUUGAGAAAUCAAAAUUGCAUUUGUUUUAACAAGUUUUGAUUCGUGGGCGGCUAGAUGAUAUCAUUUCCACCUUUUUUUCUUGCAACGCGUAGUCGAUCUCUAAAGGCUCUCUUGAUUGUUCAAAAACUAAUAAGAAAGGUGCAUUUUAUCCACAUGGGAGGCAAAGUAAUCAAAUGCAAAUUUGGAGUUGUUUUCUUAUGUUUGCUGGUAGAAUUGACUUUUAAAUGAUGUUUUUGAAUGAUCAAUAUUUAAUAACAUUUAUUUUGAAUCGAUUUGCUUUGAUUUUGUUUGAUAUUUUACAGUCAGUAUUUUCCUUGUGUUGGUGAGGUGAACAUUUUUGUGUUUCCCUCGGUGGCAAAAUUUGUUUAACCCUCGUGCCUUGAAAUCCUCGCAACGCUCAAGAUUCAAUUUUUUGAACCACUCGCUACGCUCGUUGUUCAAUUUUGGAAUCUUUCGCUUGCUCGGUUAUCAAUAUUAGCACGAGAGGUUAAACAACAACUUUGCCCCCUUGUAAAACACUAACACAAGGAAAAUACUGACUGUAAAAUGUCAAACAAAAUCAAAGCAAAUCGAUUCGUCAAAAUGAAUGAAUGAACAAUCAACUAACUAUUAUUUUCACCAGCUGGUGUGGUGAAAAUAAUAGUUAAAUGUAAUUCUGAGUACAGUGGAGAAGGCAAGUAUGAAUGAUAAUGUGUGACCAGAACGUGCGUGAUCCUAAUUAAGAAUCAUGUGUUCAUGGGAUGUAUGCGCAGCUAUGUGUAUGGGUGUUUCCAUGUCUAAAUCUAUCAAUGUUAUCAUUUAUUAUAGAGACAUCUAUCAUUUAACAGAUUAUGAAAGAAAUUAAAGACGGAUUUCUUUCAUUCAUUAUUAUAAAGUAUUUUUUAAGGUUUUGUUCAUUAGAAUCAUAUUUAAAUAACUCUACAUGAUAUACAUGCACAGGGUGGCUCAAAAAUACGUUGACAUAUAAUUUUUUAGGGUUUUUUUUUUCUUAUUAAAAACAUUUUUACCAAAUGGCAUUAAAAACCCGGCCAAGUGCGAGCCGGACUCGCGCACCGAGGGUUCCGUACUUUUUAGUAUUUGUUGUUAUAUCGGCAACAGAAAUACAUCAUCUGUGAAAAUUUUAACUGUCUAGCUAUUACGGUUCAUGAGAUACAGCCUGUUGACAGACGGACAGCGAAGUCUUAGUAAUAGGGUCCCGUUUUCACCCUUUGGGUACGGAACCCUAAUUAAAGCUACGAUCAUUUAACUAAAAAAAAAAAUAUCUUUAAAAUAUCAUCCUUUAGCUUUUCAAUAAGAUUAUUAACAACAUGCACCAGUAAAAAUUCAUUAUCAACGUAUUUUGUGCCACCCUGUAUAAUUUAUUAUUACUAAAGAAGAGACGCGUUCCAUAUAGAUUUUCGUACAUUGACCCGCCUGUUGACAUCUCUAUUGCACGCGCAUUAUUAUUAGGCUUGAGUCGGUCAUGAACUAAGAACUGUUAAGAAUGAAAUUCCGUGAAGGACCGAAAGGAACUAAAUCUUUUUGCACGCUCUUAAUCGGUCUUUAGAUCUUUUAGUUCAGUGGGAUUGGAGAGCGCUUGACUGAGUGAAAUAGAAAACGGACGGAACGAAACGGUUCACAAUGUCGCUGGCACUAGUGCGAACGAGAUGAAAGAACGACGUGACACGCCAAAGCCCUAAAAGUAUGAAGGAAAAUCAAAUAUUUUCUAUAUAUUGAUAUUUUGUUAAGGUGUUUUAAUGUUUAAUAUCGACAUAUCAUAUCGUAAAACUUGAAUUAUAUUCAGUUACCAAAGACUGGAGAAAACUCGAAUGUGAAACCGAUUCCUAUUCAUUCCCGGCUCUCGAUAACCGAACUGAACUAAAUUAACUAAAAGACCGAACUAGUUCUUUUGACCGAUUGAACGAGAGCGGAGCGCUCUGUAGUGAACGAGCAGGCACCAGCUUACCUGCUUACUUAUCACGACAACCGAGAGAGACGCAGCUACUAUGGCUGAGUGCGAGAAUAGCGGGGUUUAACUACCACAGAUACUUAUUAUAAAGUGUAACGAUUUCAUUGAUAUUGAUUAUUGAGCAUAGGAAGGAGGCGUGAGAUUAUAUAACGAGUUAUAUUUUUCAAAAUUCGUAUUCGUAAUAAAGUCACUAAUGUAACUAGUAACUACACUUGUUUAAGAAUAAAAUGUUAUUAAAUUUUAAGUAUUAUUAAAAUUGAUUAUACUAAAGAAUAUACACGGUGUUACUUGAGCCACUGAAAACCUGAGACACCCCAACAGAUUUUUUUUUAUUUUGAACUCUUCUUGAGUAUUUAUUCUUUAAUCCAAUACAUAUUUAAAAAAAUAUUCGUUGUUUAGUUUUCUUAACAAUUCUACACAACUCGACUAUUCGACUGGUAAUUCUACACAAGAUACUACGUCGUUUGAGUGACAUAAAACAAUUGCUAGUUACCAUCGUAAACACUGUUAACUGACCAUUUGCAGACCUUACUGCAACGAGAUAAGGUUUACCAAUGGCCAGUUAAGGGUGUUGCUUAUUGACAAAUAACGUGUCAAAUGCUAGUUAUUGAUAUUGUUGCAUUACAAACUUGUAGACUUGGCAUGUAAAAAAAAUAAAAAAUGAAAAAAAGAAUACCCCCAUAAAAAUAUAGCGCAAUCGAUUUUCCUAUCGAUUCUGAACAAUCUGUUUUUAGGUUUUCAGUGGGUCAUGAAACACCGUGUAUGUUUACGAGUUUACUUUAAUAUUAAAUAAUGUUCACUUAGUUUUGGCAAAGUUUUUGCGAUUACUAAUUGAGGUAAUUGGGUAGGGGGCAACAUUGAAUUGAAUGAGUGAAUAAAAUCUAGAUCUUUUAGUUCAUUUCAUUCAAUACAGUUCAGCUUUCGUGAAUUGUACUUAGGUUUUUAUUAAGUAAAUGCUACUGCAACGUCAAAAAUCGCGUCCGUUUGUAAAAUUAGUUACUGAACAUGUACAAAAGGGUAUGCCAAAGAUGUUAAAGUCAGACCAAGCUAAGUUGGCAGCGAUUUUGAUAGCCCCAAACGGUGCAAGUGUUAUUUUAAACGUCAAACUUCUAUGAGAUUAUGACGUUAGGCCAGGAUUACACUUGUAAGUUUUACUUACGUAAGUACACAGCUAUACUACAGAAUGAGAUAUGAAUACCGUUAUCUCACUCUAGCAAAUAGCUUUGUCCCUACUUACGUAAGUAAAACUUACAAGUGUAAUCCUGGCCUUAUAAUAACAAUUCAUUUCUUAAUUUAUAUUUCAUUACUUUUAGUGGUUGCACAUUGUUGUUUUUGUUUUGUCAUUCAUACUUACUUAUUUUCUACACAUUCCCUCAAAGGUUGACUUGAAGAGAUCCCGUAUAGGGAUAAGUUCGCCUUUGUUGUAUUUAAAUCUGUUUGUAACUGUGUUUUUCGUAUUUGUUUUUCAUCCAUACUUGCAUCGUCUGGGCUUUUAAAAUCGCUGCCAACUUAGCUUGGUCCAACUCUAUUUCUUUAUGUCAGGUGGGGCUUAUACACUUGUUGUGUACUGUCAGAUAAAGGGAAUGUCUAUCUGACAUCAAAAACAUGUUUAACGGUGCCGGUUUUAUGAUUAUGUUAAUAAGUGCGGUAUAAACACUAAGGUCCCCUAUACACAUACCCCAUACACUUUAAAAUAGGUAAUUGAAAUUUUUGCAAUGCGUGUUCGCUUAUUUUUAAAUACAACUAGGUAGCUAUAAUAAUAUGUAUAUGAAAAAUUUCAUUUGUUAUUUAUUGGUUCAUCUGUGAAAGGGGGCCUAUUCUUUGGACAAUAAAUCCAAUUAUAGAAUCAGCAUAACUAAUCAAUUCACCCUUACACGAGUAAGGGGGUGUUUUUUAAUAAUAUUUGGACAGUUCCUAUUUGUCUAUAUCUAUUUUCUCUUUUUACCACAGAAUAGAUACGUAAAAAACAACUCACCGAGCAAUUGUCCCAACCGAGCUUUUGCCUCUUUAAAUCAUAAUACCUAAAUAAACAGAACAACUAACACAAUAAGAGAAAUAAAGACAAGUAAGGAUGAAUCGUCUGCAAUAAUUAUUCUUUUUGCCCCAUGUAGGAUAAAUUGAAUUAUAUUUCUAUACAGGAUGAUUUAGAAGACGUGAGCAGGAUCAACACUGCGCAUUUCGUAAAUUACAAGCAACUGUUUCGUAUCAGUAUUAGUGAGAUUAACGUUAAUUUUUUAAGUAGAGUUGAAAAUAAUUUAUUUACGACAUGCAUGGUCGUACUACAAUUAAAAUAAGUACUAAACUACCGAUAUUCUGUGUCAACUUUUGUCUGUGUACUUUUGAAAACUCUUAUCUCACUCAAGUUUGACAGUUUAUUUUCUUCAUAAUUAAAAUGCUGUCAUUACGGUUCGAGAUGUUUAUUAAUUAGGUGUUGUAGGGUAACCAUGAUUGUAGACAAUUAAAUUUGUCCUCACCAAAGUUAAAAAAUCAGAAAUAGUGUGGUUUGUUUCAAAUAAAUACGACGGUGAUCGAAUUAAUUGAUUAAUCAACAGUUACUGAGUGUGCAGAAUUAGUCCUGCUCACGUCUCAUGGAUCACCCUGUAUAUUGGUAUCAGAGCGUUACUGUUUACUCGUCACGUCGCCAUCGAAGAAUAAAAUACGUACGUAAAUUAAUUAUUAAAUCGGACAUUACUUUGCGGAAUUCCAUACUAAGUAGUUACUAGAGAAAUAUUUUUUCUAAUAUAUUGUUUGAACACUGCUAGGGUUAAAAAAAGCUUUACCUACUUACUAACGAAACGUAAUUUUUUGUGAAUCGUACUAACAUCAUAAUGCACUGAUGCACUUGUUUUCGGUGUGGACCAAUUCAAAAAUAAUUUAUAGUAAAUUUUGUGUACAAAAGUAUCUAUAUAUUCAAAAUUUUUGUCUGAAUCUUUCAAUGUUUUUCACAUAAAUGUAUAAAUACUUAUUUUUUUAGGAAACAAUUGUGAAAAAGAAAAUCGCUUGUUACAUACGUAAAUUAAAUACACAAAUUGUAUAGAAAUAUCAUGCUUUUAAUGUGUAUUGCCAAAUGUUAACAAUAGUUAAGCACUAGGAGGAUCACAGUAAUAUGUGCCAUUUUCAACCAAAAGGGUACUUAUUGUUGGUUGUCAAUAAGGCGCUAGCUUCAAUGUGAAAUCAACCUUAUCGACAACCGACAAUGUUCACUUAACCUUUCACCUUUUGGUUGAAAACGUCAUAUAUGAUUUUAUGAUUAUUGCCAAAGUUCUUAUAUCAACAGAGUAAGAUAUAUAUUAGCAAGGCACUUUAUUACUGUGACCAGAGUAUAUAAUUACAUAUUUAUUAAUCUCGGACAAUGUUUAUUGUCUCAACUAUUAUGAACAUUAUGAUUUUGUUCUAGUGACGCUUAUUGUCAUAAGCGUUCACUAAAUUGUUAUACUUAAAUAUUAUAUUUGCCUUUUGUUUUCAAGGCAACGAAAAAUAUAUAUGAAGUUUAAAAAGGUGCGUUAUUUUAAGUCGUUUUAAUAGAUUUUAUUUUCUUAUUCGCAAAGCUUACAUACUUUGUGUUUGUAAAGUCAUACUGUAAGAUAGUCACUGUGUAAUUAACAUGUAUACUUUUAGGUCGCUUUAAAGUUUUUAUGCCAAUAAAAAUAUAGAUAAAC